UAUGAGAAUAUGCUGAUACCUGAAAAAGCUACUCGUAUCAUUGGAGGACAUAUCAUAAUUUCCGCGUUUCUCGGAAUUCUGGUGAAUCUUUUCAUGUUUUUCAAAUUCAUUUCAUUUGAUAAAACUAGCUUUUAUAUUCUUUGCACCUCGAAAACCGUGUCAAACUUCGUUCUGUUGACAGUUUAUUUCCUCUACAUAGGACCAACUGAUUUUCUAUACACUCAAAUCGGACCAUUAUCUCUAAACACGUAUUUGAAUCAAGCAAUGGGAUUCGGAAUGUAUCUUCAAGGUCCUAUAACACAAAUGAUAAUCACGAUAAACCGCUUCUUGGUGAUUUGGUUUACCCCGACCAAAAUCCCAGAGUACAGUAAUCGGAUUACUGUAACGGCUCUCUCUGUAUCUUGGGCGAUUGCAAUUUGGUUGUCAACUUUAAUAGGCUUGCCUGAUAAUUGUCGGGUGCCAAUGGGAUUUGAGCAUAUAGGAUACUACAGUACUCCAUGCAACUAUCAGAUUACUAUAAUCACCGUUUCUGCUAUAUUUCUUCUGGCGAUUUUCACGAACAGCAUGAACCUCAUGAUUGCUGGUAAACUAAUUUGGAGUUGGAAGAAGGCACGUAGCAAUUUAUCAUCCGAAGCCAGCCAACAACGGCGAAAAACUUCGGCUCGAUUCUUCUUUCAGUCUUGUAUUCAAGAUUGGAUUUGUGUAAUGGAUGUUGCAAAUAAUAUGGUCUCUCAUAUUUACUGUUCAAGUGAUCGUCUCUGUAUUUCACUUGCUUUGAUUGCUUUUGGAGUUUUAGUUCCUGGAGUAGAUGGG